GGUGCCGCGUCUUACCACGAAAGGAGUGUGAACGUCUUUACUGCGGUGAGGUCUACGACGGCAUCGUCUUAGCGAAACAUCGGAGAACGGUUUUCUCGACUUGCUUGCCUGCCGACGUUGUGUGCGUCGAUCGACGACCGGGACCAAACAUCAAGAAAUAUGACGUCCCCAGGAUCUGCAGUGGUGGGCCUCGCCCUAUGUGCCUUCCUCCUAGCGACCUUGCCGGCUACCAGCAGUGGUUCAAAAACAGUCUUUCCGUCGUCCUCAUCCUCCGAUCCGAGGCGAGGCGUCAUGUCCGGUGCUACGCUGUCUCGUUUCUCCGAGGAAGAAGACCUUUAUGCUGACCACGAGCCGGCACCUUCCAUGAGUUCGGGCUCUACCGUAAAUUUUCCGGACUCUAAGGCUUCAAAAACAGGCGCCUUGCCUGCUUCCGGGACCAACGGCGGAGGAAGCGGCGCAAGUGUCUCAUUCCCGAGCGGCAGCAGCAACGCCGGUAGCGCCAGCCGAGGCGAGGAACCAAUCACGUUCGUUCCUCGCCAGGGCAAGGCCAUCACGUUUCCGUCCUUCCCCGGAGGGUCUGGAGACAGGGCUGCUGCGAGUCUCAAUGGUCUUCCACCCAUACACCAGAUCCCGUUUCCUGGGGGCUUCAGUGGCAUGCCGAAAGCUUCGUCGCAGGGACUCCCCGACGCCAGAAGUCUGCUGAGCUCUCUCGUGGGACUCGGAGGUGCGAACGCCUUGCCCAUGUCCUUUGGCAACGUCAACGUCAGCGACCUUGCAGCAGCGACGAACAGAGUCGCCGACGAGCUCUCCAGGAGCCUUAGGAUGGACGUCCGUGCCGUUUCGAAGGCGCUCGCCGUCGGCGGAGCUGCGUUGGGCUCGCUAGUCUUUCUUGGUGGCAUGGCGGCGAUGAUGAUGUCCGGACUCGGUUUCUUCAACUAUCCGGGACUCUACGCGGCCUAUCCGUACAGCACAACGUACGGCGCGGCCUAUCCGAACCAGUAUAGAUCGGCCAAGUCUCUGAAUGGGGGGGCUCAGGGAGACGCCAAGCGGCCCGUCAAUCCCAACCUGGUCCCGGCCAUCAACGACCUCAUCGGCAAGUUGGCCAAGGCGACGCAGGAGUUUGGCAUGCCGAAGUAAAACCCGCAACGCCUCUAGUGAUAUGAGGAAAAAGUGGCUUUAACUUUGUUCAAUAUUUACAGUUUUAGAAGCCACUCCUCGAUCGCGCGGUACGGAUGGACACUUCCUUAUUGUUUGCAGCACUUUGGAGUCAGUCGCUAGUUAUACUUAGAACAGCGGUUACAACACCGCCCAGUCACCAACAACUUCUGUUUUUGCUCGACUUACCGACUGCGAAAGAACGAUUGACGGAGUCGGUCUUUGAGUCUUUUUGCAGGUGGCACUCCUUUCGGGCUGAGCUCAGGAUCUCCAUCUUUCAUGCAUGAAUUACAAGUAGGGCUGCACGAUAACUGUCACCGGCACAAGCCGAUUAGAGCCAGCGUUAGCCACCAUGCACUGCCAACGAAAUGACAAAAAGACAUUGGUUCUCAGGUAACUGUUUCUCGGUGAUCGAGUCCAGAAGCGGCGCUCACAUCAAAGCUUUAUUGUAAGCGUGUCUUUGAGGAAUCGUGUAGCCACGGUUUCCGGCACCGCGGGAAGGCCAAUUAUAGCAGAUGGCCGGAAUUCCACGGGUCUCGGUGGUUCGUUGGGCUGCCUCUAUGCAUAUGCCAUAAACCCGCUGCGAUGCUCCUGAAUGAAUCACAUUAGAGAUUUCCAAAUGAGCAUGGCGAGAGUCGCUCGUCAAUUGUUCUGGCCAUUUCUGGCCUAUAUGUAAAGUGCUGGGUACAGCGUCUUCGCGAAUUUGAGCCGAUGGGCCAAAGUGUUGAGUGCUGUAUAUUUGAACAUGACGCGAACUAUCAGGCCGGAGGCAACCGGAGAGGCAAACUAGGCUGCUUACGAUUUACAUGCAAGCCUUGUCACUGACCUUCACAGCGUACGACGCCCCUCUGCGCGUGCACAGUACGAGGAACUGACCAGCUGAUCGGGUCAAUAAGCUCCGCAAAGUCGCGGAGUGACCUAUAAAACCCUGAUUGCAUAUGGAGCGCGCAAUCCCCCUGGAGAGCGAAUUCUGCUCGGGUUUUCCCUGUCAACUGCUUCUUAAGGAAGACAGCACUGGCUGGACGGUCGCGCGUUGCUAAGAUGUCAUUCAAGUAUUUUAACACCGGCAAAAUGCUUCUGAAGAAAUAAUUUUGAACGUGGUUAAACAGAAAAAAAGGUAUGAUUUGAUUUGACAAGAAAUUUACGAAAGUAUCGUCGGUUCUAUUGAGACGAAUUGUACACCAUAAAAAUAGCCUCGAUUUCAUGUCAAUAUUUCUUAGAUGUUAGCGAGUACCAGGGCACGUUUUGACGCGUUCAUUGAAUGCUGUUUGCGUGAAAAAAUGCGCAGCGGUUGAUUAACACAAGCGAGCUUCGCCUCGGAUAUCCCACUCAUCGCUUGAAUAUCGCACUCAUGUUUCGUUAAAAACUUCGCUGUCCUUUGGACGAGCAAUACGAUUUCGACAGCGCAUUUCGAAGUACGAGCAAUGUACAAAGGAAAACGCCAUUUUUAUAUCCGGACAAUAAUCAGAGAGAUGCGAAUAAUGGGCAUCUGGGUAUCAGCGAAUCAGCUACGUCAGAUGUGUACGUCAGACGGGUGACGACAUUCAAGAACGUACCUGCGACAGAUAGAGUUACUAACUGCUUGCUGGAAUAUAUUUUCUCAGCGAAACUGGUUGUUGGCGUCACGUCGGUCUCUCUGACGUUCGAUUGCUUCCUGAGAAUGAAUCAUGCGCGGCACAUCUUGUUCAGUCAUUAGUUCUGUUGUGCCUCUGGUGCAUGCACCCACGGCGUGACGAGUUUUUUGACCCAUGUCUUUAUUGUACAUUUACACAUUAUUUAUUUGUUUUGCUUUGCAAUAAACUUUCAUUCUUGUGCAUGA